AAACGUUGGAUGCCUACGCCAUGAAUAAAAAAAAAAAUAGAUAUAUAGGUUUCUUUUUUUCCUCUUUCGGAGGCCGAUCUGUCCCAUUUGGUCGCUUUUGAUUUGUUUUUGUUAUCGCGUGUUUCUAAGGAACGAAGGAGCUAUUAGUGCUGCACACGCCGCCACUCGGAAACAAAAAACGAACGAAGGAGACGAGUACUUACUGUACUUUGCAAAAUCCACAACAUGUCUGCGAGCCCCGCGCGCACGAACACGGAACCGUGGGGAAGCUUCGACGACCACCUCGUACAGGUCGGCAGUGGCGGAUCAGCGGUCAUAGACAUGGAAAACAUGGACGACACGUCAGGCUCCAGCUUUGAGGAUGUGGGGGAGAUGCAUCAGAGGAUGAAGGAAGAGGAGGAAGUGGCGGCAGAGGCGGCGGAUGCCGACGACGAGCAGGGAGACAACUUCUUGGGCAUGAAGGGCUUCCAGGGCCAGCUGGGCAGGCAGGUGGCGGACGAAGUGUGGCAGGCGGGAAAGCGGCAGGCUUCUCGAGCCUUCAAUCUAUACGCCAACAUCGACAUCCUGAGGCCAUACUUUGAUGUGGAACCUGUUCAGGUGCGCAGCAGGUUGAUGGAGUCGGUCCUUCCCAUCCGCAUGAUCAACUUCCCCCAGAAGAUUGCCGGCGAGCUGUACGGACCGCUCAUGCUUGUCUUCACACUGGUUGCCAUCUUGUUGCACGGCAUGAAGACGUCGGGGACCGUCAUUAGAGAGGGCACCCUGAUGGGAACGGCCAUCGGAACGUGUUUCGGGUACUGGCUGGGAGUUUCAUCUUUGAUCUACUUGCUCGCCUACCUUGUCAACGCGCAGAUCACCAUGUUGCAAAUUCUCUCCCUGCUGGGCUACGGGUUGUUCGGCCACUGCGUAGUUCUACUGGUCAGCUACAACGUGCACUUCCACUUGCUCUUCUACACCCUCUGGCUGCUGCUCGGGGGACUGUCUACCAUACGGAUGGUGUCAGCUCUGAUGUCUCGCACUGUGGGUCCGACUCCUCGCCUGCUGCUGUGCGGGACUGUGUCGUUCUUGCACAUGUUCUUCCUGCUCUACCUACACUUUGCCUACCACAAGAUGGUGGAAGGUCUUCUGGACUCCUUGGAAGGCUCGAACUUGGCAGCCAUGCAGCGGGUGGCCAGAGACGUGGAAGAACGCGUGAGGCUCAACGCCACCGUUGCCCUCGCCCUUUGACACCUGCGUGCACGUCUUUGUGUUCAAACCAUUUAUUUCUUUUUCAAACUUUUUGUCUCCUUUGUUGUCAUGGUUACCAAGAUGCUGAUACAGUGUGUAAAUAUGCUAUUUAUCAGUUCGCCAUGUAUGGAAAAUGUUUAAUUUGGCCUUGCAGACAGACGCUUUCCGUCUUUGAAUUCCAGUGUUUUGCAAUUCUUACAGGUGAUAAGUCCGUCAUUUACAGAGACGAAAAGAAUUCAAAUGUCACCCCACACGAAAAACAAACCUGCCAGUGGUCUCAUCAUUCACGUCUAUUAGUGGGUCCCGUUUUUUCUUGAAUGGAAAUGAGCAAAUGUUGGCACCAAUCGUCGUGCUAAUACUGCAUUGAAAGCUCACAAGCGCUGUGUAAAUCCGCUUUUGAUUGGGAGAAAGCCAAAUAUGUGUUUCCACUUUAUUUUAAUGCAAAAGUAAUGAAGCAGCGUGUUUGUGUUAGACUCCAUCACUCUACAAAUCCAUAAGUAUCACUACUUCAAAGAGUCUGGAAUGAGUGAGAGACCGCGUUCAGAAUCAUCGGCUUUUUCCAAUUUCCACUUUUUCUCCACAUACACGUAGUGUUUGGCUUGCAAACGUUAUUCUUUGGGAAUCAACAAAAACAUGAACAAGAAAUAAAAUUCCAAUAAUCACUGCCCUGGUUACUUGCUGACAGCUGGCGAGGUUACCCAGCCAAAAGGAAUAAAGAAAAACCUCAA